UUAAAAUUAAUUUGGAAAGAAGAUAUUAUGUUAACGACAUAACACUGAAAAAGUCCGAAUUUCCUCUAUGUUAAAUGUGGCGCUGAAAAAAUGAUGGUGUAAAUGGAUUUCAGGUAUUAGAAGGAAUUUCGACACCAAUGGACUAAUCAGUGGAAAUUUUAACAACACUAACACAUCAAGCUAUGGAGAACUACACAAAAGGAGAGACGAGAGAGGUGGAGAUGGAGCCACUGUUUGAAGUAGACCAGACUGGUGUGGACAUGAAGGUCAAUGCUGGCAGCAAGAUCCGGAACCUGAUGGGCUACGCCAUGAAUAAGGUCAAGAAUCCCUCAGUGAAAAGAGUGGUGUGGAAUGGAUCUGGAAAAGCUAUCACGAAGACUGUCACCUGUGCAGAAAUCAUGAAGAGGAAAAUUAAGGGUCUUCAUCAAAUAACCAAACUUAGGAAUAGAAGAAUUGAAGAGUUCUGGGAACCUAAUGUUGAAGGAUUAGAAAGACUAAAAGUCAACAGAGAUAUUCCUGCCAUUUCUAUAUUAUUAUCCAAAGAUCCAUUAGAUGCCAGCACACCAGGGUACCAGGCCCCUGGAUCUUUUGAGGAGUUUUGGAAAUCUGAACUGCAGCAACAAAAACCAGUAAAACGGAAACAUAAAAAGUAUUACACCAAGAAGGACAUGGAUAGUGCUAAAAAUAGAAACACUGAAACACAGAAGAGCUAACUGUUACAGCAGGGGGACAAAUUGAUAUUAAUUGUUUCAUAGUUAGCAUUAAACAGGAAUAUGAGAGAGGCAAAUAUCAGGGAAUAUGUGUUCAGACCAUGGAAAUUUAAGAGCGAUAAUGAUAAACUGAUAUCUUGAACUGUUUAUGGCAUAUGAAGGAUCUCUUUGUCAUUGUAAAUUCAGUUGAGUUGAAUGUUUACUGCAAUAGUUUGUUGAAUUAUAUAUACAAACUGUACAUGAUUGUGUAAUGAGUAUAUUUAAACACUGUACAUUGGAUAUAGGCAUUUAGUUAUAUAAAUGAUUUUAAUUUUUGAACUUUGCUUUAAAGGUUGCAAAAAAUGGGUACAGUUAUGAAUAAGAAAUCAAUUUUAUGUAUGAAGGUAGAUACAUAUUUAGUAUAAGAUAUGUGUACAGCUACAUGUAUGAUGCAUGUAUGCCUGGUAUGUACACAAGAACCACAGGUUUUUGGUGUUAUAUGUUGAGAAAAUAAAAUAACUUGACUGUA